CGAGGCCCCCGGCAGCCUAGGGAGGGACGCGGGCGGGGACGGAGCUCGGCGCGCUCGCUCGCUCGAUCGCUCGAUCGCUGCCGGAGGGUGAUGGCCCUGCGAGGCUGCGGGCUCCGACUUCAACCGAAGUUCGCCGCGAGAGGCUCGCUCUGGCGCGGGGUCCUGGGCGAGCUCUGAGCGCCAGCCCCAGGCACUCCGGGUCCUUACACAUUCCGCGCCCAGAGACUGAGGAUCUGUUCUUGCUUUCGCUCUUCACGGUCCUCCAGAUCAUGUCCGCGGCUCCCGGGAUUCCGCGCCGAAGAAGUUUGCCCAGCGUGGAUCCGAUGACUUCUCCAAGCUGUGCGCCCUGCUGCCUGGAUCUAGUCUGAGCCGCGCUGCCCAGGCAGACCUUUCUGCCGGAGGGCUUUCUCUGCCUGCUGUUGUCUCUUUGCGUUUUCGCCGGAGCUCUACGCCCACCCGCCUCUGAGUCUUGGAAGAGAGGGGCGGCUCCUUCUGCCCCCAAGCAUCUCGGAAAAUGGGGAGCAAAGCCCUGCCAGCGCCCAUCCCCCUCCACCCGUCGCUGCAGCUCACCAAUUACUCCUUCCUGCAGGCCGUGAAUACCUUCCCUGCAGCAGUGGACCACCUGCAAGGCCUGUACGGGCUCAGCGCUGUGCAGACCAUGCACAUGAACCACUGGACGCUGGGGUACCCCAACGUGCACGAGAUCACCCGCUCCACCAUCACCGAGAUGGCGGCGGCGCAGGGCCUCGUGGACGCGCGCUUCCCCUUUCCUGCUCUGCCGUUUACCACUCACCUAUUCCACCCCAAGCAGGGGGCCAUUGCCCAUGUCCUCCCAGCCCUGCACAAGGACCGGCCCCGUUUUGACUUUGCCAAUUUGGCCGUGGCCGCCACGCAAGAGGAUCCCCCCAAAAUAGGAGACCUGACCAAGCUGAGCCCGGGGCUGGGAAGCCCUAUUUCAGGCCUUAGUAAAUUGACUCCGGACAGAAAGCCCUCCCGAGGGAGGUUGCCCUCCAAAACGAAAAAAGAGUUCAUCUGCAAGUUUUGCGGCAGACACUUUACCAAAUCCUACAAUUUGCUCAUCCAUGAGAGGACCCACACAGAUGAGAGGCCGUACACUUGCGACAUCUGCCACAAGGCCUUCCGGAGGCAAGAUCACCUUCGGGAUCAUAGGUAUAUCCAUUCCAAAGAAAAACCCUUCAAAUGUCAGGAAUGUGGGAAAGGAUUUUGUCAGUCCAGAACUCUAGCAGUUCACAAAACUUUACAUAUGCAGGAAUCUCCACACAAAUGCCCCACAUGUGGAAGAACCUUUAAUCAGAGAAGUAAUCUGAAAACUCACCUUCUCACCCAUACAGACAUCAAGCCCUACAGCUGCGAGCAGUGUGGCAAAGUGUUCAGGCGAAACUGUGAUCUGCGGCGGCACAGCCUGACUCACACCCCGCGGCAGGACUUCUAGAGAAGCCCAGGAUCUGUCCCGUGCCGCCGCUGCUCCCUUCCCUAGACUCCUCUCCAUGCCUCCCACCCGAGGGUCCCCCCCAACCCUCACUGACCCUGUCUCUUCCCUCCUUCCCUCGCUGCAGCCAGCCGCACCUGCAGCUCCAGGGGGAGCUAACUGUUCUUCCCAAGGACUGAGAGCUAUAGAAAGCCACACUACCACACCCCAUUCACCAAGAGCAUAUGCUAGUUUCUUGUAGAUAUUCACAGCUCAUUUUAGAGCUCUUGUACAUAGUGUCAUGGGUCUUUGUUUUGUUGUUUUGUUUUUGUAUCUCUUUGGAUGCACCUAGAUAUGGAAAAUGGAAGCCAAAUUUAUCUUUAAAGACUGUAUUUUCAAAAUAAAAAAUUUUCUUGUUUGUUUCAACACUCCUGCAAAAGUGUCUCACUAUUCAACUUCUGUUUUUCCUCUGGAUUCUGGAAGAGUGUGAGGGGAUCUCUUCAAAAUUCAACAUGGAAGGGUAUUCUUCAUUGCUAGGUUUUGAAAUAGUACUUCUUACAAUACUCCUACUGAAAUUUAGCCCUUUCCUUUCUGUACUGUGGCAUUUGGAAUUAGACAAUUGGGCUGCCCCUUUGUUUUUCAAAGAUAUUAAAAUGGAUAUGCUUGAGGUUUCA